CCUACACCACAUAAGAGAGGCCGACAUAGGACCUGCGGAAGUCUGUACGCGUAUCGCACCUUGCUCUUGUAUUGGUAUCGACGGCUUGAGUAUGUCAACAACGACGACUGCCACUCGUGCUUCAAACGCUACGAUUGGAACUAUCAAUGGGUCUGCUUCUUUUGAGCCUAUCAAGAUAGGUUCCUUAAUUUGCAAACCACUCCAUCCUACUUUCUGUGCUGAGAUUGAAGGUAUUGACUUUUCGAAGCCCGUUCCUGCUGAACAGAUUAAGGACGUCAUCGAAGCUCAGAACAGAUUUGGAGUAACAGUCUACCGCAAUACUGGUCUUACAGAUGAGGCACAUAUUGCAUUCAGCAGGCAACUCGGUGAACUAGAGAAGGUUCCCAAAUUUCGUGGUCCGAACGUACCAGACAGAUUUGGCUACCCUGAAUUGUUUGAUGCGGGCAACACCAAUGCUGAUGGUACGAUAGUGCAGAAAAAUAGUCGCCGAUGGUGGUAUAACAAGGGAAACGCACUGUGGCAUACCGACUCAUCAUUUAACCAGCAUCGUAGCAAAUAUUCGAUUCUUCUUGCUCAUCGUAUCCCCAGUGAAGGCGGCGAUACUGGUUUUGCUGAUGUACGACGUGCAUAUCGAGACUUGCCCGAGGAUCGAAAGACGAAGCUACGCGGACUAGUGAUCAAGCAUGAUCUCUGGCACUCUCGCCAGGUUUCCGCACCUGAGGAGUAUAAGACUAUCACGGAGGACGAGAGGCGUGCAAAGCAGCCAGCUUACCAUAAGCUUGUGCAGAUCGCACCGGACGGUGAAGAGACUCUUUAUAUUGCCGCUCAUGCUGCAGAGGUUGUUGGCAUGUCGAAGGAAGAAAGCCAGAAACUAAUCUGGAAGCUCAUCGAUCAUUGUACGCAACCUCAAUAUACGUUAGCAGUGAAAUGGCGCCAACCAGGUGAUCUUGUUUUCUGGGAUAAUCGCUGCACGAUGCAUCGUGCAACUCCAUUCAGUGACCAGAUGGAAAUUCGCGACAUGCGUCGCACGACGGUGUAUGAUGACGGUCCGGAAAAGGACGGUGUUCCGCAGGCCGCUGCUAUACAGGCUUGACGCCGUAAUAAUUCUCCAACUUCCUUGAUGUUUUAAGUAUAUAUGUGGUCAUGUGCGGUUAAGUGGCUUUGAGUAAACACGGUACGGAACCAGAUGUCUGUAUGUCAGGAAAUCAUAUGUCAAAUGG